AAAUUUUGCCUGUCGAGAUACAUUGUAAUGUACCAAGUGGUGUUGUGCAUGUGUGCUAUGUUUGUGUUUGAAGUUUGAUAACGAAAAUUUGAAUUUUUUUAUCGAUUAUUUUUAACCUGAACUUUUUUUGGCGCCAGGAAAAUCCCAAAAACAUUUUAGUUUUGCAAUCAGUUUUAAAACUUUUUGUGCGAAAUGGAAGGUUUUGAUGAAGCAGGCGUCUUUUUUUCCGACAAUUUCAGUGGAGAAAGUCAGCAAGAUGGGUCACAAGUUAACAUGCAAGCGGUCAAAAGAAAGUAUAAAGAAUUCCUCCGCACUUUCAGCGAGGACAACUUUUUUUACAAAUACAGAGAUUCUUUGAAGCGCAAUUACUUGAAUUCAAGAUAUUUUCUUGAAGUUGAAAUUGAAGAUUUAAUAGGUUUCGACGAAGUUUUAGCAGAUAAACUAUACAAGCAGCCGACUGAGCAUUUGCAACUUUUCGAAGAAGCGGCUCGUGAGUUUGCUGAUGAGAUAACUUCACCAAGGCCAGAACAUGAAGAAAAUGUGCAUGAUAUCCAAAUAUUACUUUCUUCUCAUGCUAAUCCCACCAACGUGCGUGAAUUGAAGUCUGAUAGUGUAUCAAAAUUGGUAAAAAUUGCUGGCAUUAUUGUGUCGGCAUCAGGUAUUAAAGCUAAGGCAACUCGAAUGUCAAUAAUGUGUCAAUCAUGCAACACUGUCAUUCCUAAUUUAAAAGUAAAUGCAGGUUUGGAAGGUUUUACCCUUCCGCGUAAAUGCACAUCUGAGCAGGCUGGUCGUCCGAAAUGCCCCUUGGACCCAUUUUUUAUUAUGCCUGAUAAAUGUAAAUGUGUAGAUUUUCAACUUUUAAAGUUACAGGAGUUACCGGAUUUUGUGCCACAAGGCGAAAUACCUCGUCACUUGCAGUUGUUUUGUGAAAGAUCAUUAUGCGAACGUGUAGUACCUGGCAAUAGAGCGCUUAUCCAAGGUAUUUAUUCUAUAAGGAAAGUUGGAAAACCAUCUCGACAAGAUGGUCGCGAAAAAGCUGUUGUAGGAGUUCGUGCUCCUUAUAUGCGCGUUGUCGGUAUAAAAGUAGAUUCGGAAGGUUCUGGUGCUAUAUCACGCUAUAGUAAUGUCACAGUAGAGGAAGAAGAGGUAUUCCGGAGAUUGGCAGCUUCUCCCGAUAUUUAUGAUCGUUUAUCAAAAUCAUUGGCCCCUAGUAUAUUUGGUUCUGAAGAUAUCAAGAAAGCUAUAACUUGUAUGUUAUUUGGAGGAUCUCGUAAACGCUUACCUGAUGGUCUUUGUAGGCGUGGAGAUAUCAACGUGUUAUUAUUGGGCGACCCUGGUACUGCGAAGUCACAACUUUUGAAGUUUGUGGAAAAAGUUGCUCCCAUUGGAGUGUAUACUUCUGGGAAAGGAUCAAGCGCUGCAGGAUUGACUGCUUCUGUAAUAAAGGAUCCUUCUACGCGAAAUUUUAUAAUGGAGGGCGGUGCCAUGGUACUAGCUGAUGGCGGAGUUGUUUGCAUAGAUGAGUUCGACAAAAUGCGUGAAGAUGAUCGCGUUGCUAUACAUGAAGCCAUGGAACAGCAAACGAUAUCUAUAGCGAAAGCAGGUAUAACUACAACACUGAAUUCACGUUGUUCAGUUUUAGCCGCUGCAAAUUCAAUUUUUGGUCGGUGGGAUGAAACAAAAGGAGAAGAGAAUAUUGACUUUAUGCCAACUAUAUUGUCUCGAUUUGAUAUGAUAUUCAUAGUGAAGGAUGUACAUGAUGAAACAAGAGAUAUUACAAUGGCAAAGCAUAUAAUUAAUGUUCAUUUGUCGUCUAAUAAGAACAUACCAGUAGAACGUUCAGAAGGAGAGAUUUCAUUAUCAACAUUUAAAAAAUACAUUCAUUAUUGCCGCACGCAUUGUGGACCGCGCUUAAGUGAAGAUGCAGGUGAUAAACUGAAAAGUCGAUAUGUAUUAAUGCGAAGUGGAGCAGGGCAACAAGAAAAAUCUGCUGACAAACGUUUAAGUAUUCCAAUUACUGUUCGUCAGUUGGAGGCCAUUAUUCGGAUCUCCGAGUCUUUGGCAAAAAUGAGGCUACUUCCUUUUGCAACAGAUGAGCAUGUCAAUGAAGCCCUCAGGCUGUUUCAGGUUUCUACCUUAGACGCUGCAAUGACUGGUUGCUUGGCUGGUGUGGAAGGAUUCGCCACAGAAGAAGACCAGGAAACAUUGAAUAGAAUUGAAAAGCAGUUAAAACGACGCUUUGCUAUUGGCUCUCAAGUUUCUGAACAAAAUGUGGUUCAGGAUUUUCUACGGCAGAAAUAUGACGAACGGGCAAUUUUGAAAGUAAUACAUACUAUGAUAAGACGGGGAGAAUUACAACAUCGAAUGCAACGAAAAAUGCUAUAUAGGUUAUGCUAAAGACUUUACACCUUUAAGCAUCUAUAUUUGCGAGAGUACACCAGCGACAACAGGAUACCAACCCUUAUUUAGUAGGUAGAACUGUUAAAAUCAGGAAACUGUUCGAGAGCAGUUAUCCAUAUUACUUUGUGAAUUUUACAGUUGAAUACAUUAAAAAUCUUUAUAGAAAAUA